AUGGGACGGCCGUGUAUUCCAAACACCCUGCUUGCAGUGUCAAACUACAAAAAGGCUGACUGGAAAAGAUACAGAGAGCUUACAGCUGAAACCUGCAGACAGAUUCGCACUGAAGGCAGGGACAUCAACAAAGUCACAAAGGAUUUCAAUGCAGCCCUGCUCCAGGCAGCCAAAAAAUGUAUUCCUAGAGGUUCCAGGAGAUAUUACAAGCCAUACUGGAACAAGGAUCUAGAGAGCCUUCAGGAGGAGUUGUCAGAAGCCAGGCGAGAGGCUGAAACACAACCGUCCCAAACCAACAACAUAAAACUCCAAAAGGCUGCAAAUAAGUUUGCUGAAAACUACGAGAAAGUAAGCAACAUCACAGUCAACAGAGGACGGCAAAGAGAAGUUAGAAGGGAGGAAAGAGAGAGAAGAUCCAAAAAGUCAGUCCAAGGAAGAAGUGAUGAAGCAAGUCUCACACUAAAUGAGCUACUUACAGCACUGAAGAAGCUCAAGGCCAAGAAACCACCAGGAUCAGACCACAUCACCAAUGAGAUGCUGACACAUAUGGGAAGUUUUGCUACGAAAACCCUUCUGGAUGUCUUCAAUCUGAGCUGGAAGGACGGAAAACUUCCACAGGUCUGGAGGGAGGCGAUCAUGGCAACUAUCCUAAAACGUGGAAAGGACAAUAAGAAAGUAGCCAGCUAUCGUCAUAUAAGUCUCACCAGCACAGCGGGGAAGACCAUGGAAAGAUAA